UAGGCGAGCUACACGACUGCGGUGUAAUUCGUUUCGAAGGAGUUGACGGGGAAAAAAACGAAAACAAAAAAAAAAUUAGAAAAAAUAAAACCGACGAGCAUUAAACGAAAAUAAAUUAUAAGUACAAGUAAACCAACUACUAUCGCCAACUGUCAGUGGUCGUUAAAAGAAAUGUGUGUAUGAAUAAAUCCCGUGGACAUGGCGGCAAACGCGUGAAUUAUUUAUUUAUUUUUUUCGUUAUAAGGAUAAUCGAACGAAUAAAAUAGUUCGAAAAAAUUUUUGAAGACUUUGAGAUCAUAGAGUGAUACGAAAAACAGUGAAGUGCGAUGGCCCAAGUGAUGCAAUAUCAACAGCUAGGAGUGACGGCGAUGUCGCCUAUGGCUGGUAUGACGCCUAUGCCGAGUAUCUCGAUGCAAAUGCACCAAAAUCACGUGAUGGAUUACGGAGCUGGUGUUCAUUACCAGGCUUAUAAUCCCGCGGCUAUACCAACCCAUCAUUUUCAAAGCCCGAGUCAGUCCUCUUAUUGGUUUCCCGGUUCUUCGUCGGGUCACAGUCAGCUACCGGAGCCCCUGACACCUCCCGGAUACAGCGUACCUUCCAUGCCGGGGAGCACGGCCUCCUGGACCACGCAGCCUCAUCUGUCUCAGUCUCAAAUACCCCAGAUACCCUCCGGCCAACAUUAUCCACUUCCACCGAGUCCGCCGGAACUACCCCCGAGUCCCCAAGGUCACGGAUCACCCUAUCAGUGGCCGUUGAUGCCGUUGACACCGCCGGCGGAACACCACAUUUUAAACUCUACGGAAGAAACGAAAUCCGGAAGAAAAUGCACGAGAUGCAGAUGUCCGAAUUGUCAAGUAGACGGCGGAGCUCCCCUGGGUGCUGACGGGAAGAGACAGCACGUGUGCCACGUACCGGGGUGCGGUAAAGUUUACGGAAAGACGUCGCACCUGAAGGCGCAUCUGAGAUGGCACACGGGGGAGAGACCUUUUGUCUGCAACUGGUUGUUCUGCGGUAAAAGAUUCACGAGGAGCGACGAACUUCAACGUCAUCUGAGAACGCACACCGGCGAGAAAAGAUUCGCCUGUCCGGCCUGCGGUAAAAGAUUCAUGAGGAGCGAUCACCUAACGAAACACGUGAAGACCCACGAGAAUCAGAAGAGAAAAUCAUCCAGAAAAGACGCCGCCAACAAGGAGAACGACGUCGUUCAAGAAUCGCAACUCGUAUCCAGACAGCAAUAUCCCGUUCCGGGACACUAUCCCAUACCCUGAUACCGCCCCCGCCCCCCCAGUAAUUGUAGAUUCGAUUUAAUUCGUUGUUUUACUCGUUCAGAAAAUCUGAACGCUGCAAAAUACUUUUUUUACGGCUGAUGAUCAGCUGAUGAAUUUCAAGUGCCUGGAGCAAAAUAGCAGCAAAUAUUUCCCGAAUCCGUGUGCGUGUGUGAAGUGUUUGUAUAUAUAUACAUACGAAUGCGUGUACUUUGGAUUUCUUGAUUCUGUUCGUUUUUUUUUUUUCUUUUUUACUCGUCUCAAUCGAAGUUCCUAUCCAACGUUACCCUUAAAAAAAACACAUUGAAUAUAUUCUUCCCCAAUGAUUUUGUAAAUAUAUCAACGUACCUAAUGUCACCGUAAU